UAAGAUCAAUGUCCAUAACAAUGUUAGGCUAGGAAUAUCGCCUAAGUAAUUUUAAGAUACCACUUUAAACACGUGGCAUAUAUUUUAAACAAGGAAGAUAACAUGAGAUUAAUAUGGAAUCUGUUAGAAAAGAGAACGAAAUUUCCACGGAAACAGAGCUUUAUCAAAGACAGCCGACUCCUUUCAAAGAUCAUGAAGAUGGGCAAAUAGAAAGAUCUCUUGAUGCCGAUGGUACAUUUCUAUGUAGAGAUGGUAAUACUGAUAAAAACAAUGGAAGCGAAACAUCCAUACAUAAUAUCAGCAGUGUACUUUCAGCGCAUUUAAGUCUGUCUUUGAAUCGAGGAUCGAUAGCCGGAAAUAAUAUUUUUGAACCUAUUUUAGCAGUACAUUCCAAUGAAUACAUAAAUCAAAAAAGAGAAGGCAUCAGGCAAAUUGCAAAAGAUCUAAAUCCGACAAUCAGUAUACCCAAAUUAGACGGUAACCCGUCUUUCUCAAGACCUAAGUUGCCAUUUCAUCCAUGGAAUAAGUCUUUCUGCCAUCCAAGUUUAAAUCCAGAUGUUUUCUUGAGUGAAUUUGAUGAAACAUUUGAUCCCCAUGAAAGACAUGAUUGUCAGGAAACAUACAUUCCUGAAUUAAAUAUCGAAAAUCAAAUUGUAAAUUUUGAGCUGAUUAAUUUUGUGUUGAAAGAAACUGAGGAAACUUUUCAUAGGGAAAAAUCUCCUGAAUAUGAAAAGAUUUGCACAGACGUGAGAAAAUUUUUGGAAAAUGUUUGUAAAGAAAUGGCAGUCCACCAUCAUGUUUUCAAAAAUUAUUCUAUCAUUGAAAUGGGAAGCAUGGUUGAAGGAACGAAAUUUGGUGACCCCGACGAGUUUGACUUCAUGAUAGAUCUUCCAAAUUUAAACCAAUCUCUGGAGUUUUAUACUGAAGGCAUUGAUACCUUAGGUUUAAAGCAUGAAAACCGAGUCGUCCGUGUGAAAAAUAGAAACGUUUUUGAAGACUUUAAAGAUCUCUCAAAAGAUUUAGCAGAAGGAGAAGACGAUAAAAAAUUUAUGCGACGAGUCUGGAAUGAAAUUCAGAUAGAACUAGCAGACGUCAUGAAGAAGAAUACAUUACCUGGUUGGAAGUGGCUGGACACUGUUCCAGCAUUUACGUCAACCUUAGCACAGACAAACAAACUGCUUUGGAAAGGGAACAUUUACAGGCAUUUAAUCGUGGACUUGGAUAUCUGUAUUUCCUUAAAACCUCCAGAAUUCGAAACACAUAUUGAUUUUAAUCAGGACAUUUUAGACAAAUCUCGACCAGGUAUCAGCACCAAAGGCAAACGAAAAUACAACCGAAGAGAAGAAAACAUUUACUUCUUAUUAAGGUCUGAUGGCGAGGCGAGAUGGACCAGAGCACUUCUAGAAAAAGAAAUAUGGGCGAGUUUUCCUGAGGAGGAUGGAAGGAAAACAAUUUUGCGGUCGCUUAAAUACUUUGAUCAAAGAUAUAUACCAAAACGGUAUAACGAAAUUCUCUUCAGAAUGGAACCGGCUAUCCCUUCCUACUGGUUAAAGACUAUUGUGUUCUAUUUAAUGGCUUGGUAUUAUGAAGAUUCGUGUUGGACAAAAAAUAAUUUAUCGUUUCGCUUUUUUGAGGCCUGUAUUAUUUUGAAGGAAUGUUUGUACAAGAAAAACUUAUCGAGUUUCUUUGUACCACAUAACAUCUUAGGUAAACUGUGUCCAUUUGGAUCAGAGGAUGAGGAUUACAAAAAACUGGUAAAAGAUGUUAUUAAUGCAACAGAGUAUUUGAAAAUACCACAGAAAUUUGAUAAAAAUGACAUAAGAACAAUUGAAACUGAGAUAGAAAAUCAUAAUUCUGUCGAAAGGGACAAAGGUGUAUUUGACUCUGUUAUUGAAUUGUGUUAUUUGUAUGCCUUCAACGACUUUGCAGAUGAAAAUAGAAAAGCAUUGCAAUCUUUCUUAGAUGAAAUAGGAAAUGAACAGUUUACACUUAUAGGUGAAGGAAGUGAGCUCAAACUACUCUACCUAGAUUCUACAGCAGACAUCAAUUGUCAAAUAGCUGAAAAAUAUGGCGAAACAAAAUUAUAUUUCUCAUAAAAUUUCUACAGAAGAAAAUGAGGGUAAUAAACAAUAUAUAAUUAAACUAAAGUAAAAUUAUUGUUCAUUUUUCAAAGUAAUACAUUGCGUUAACCUAACUU